AUGCCUGUCUCCUCCAAUUAUCCAAAUGCCGACAUUCCCAACGUCGACCUUUGGAACUUCCUGUUUGAACGCAAGGAUAGGCCUUUCCCUGAUGACAAGAUCCUCUACCAAGAUGCCGACACUAAGCGGCAUUACACCUACGAAGGCCUCAAGGAUGCCUCUCUAGACUUCGGAAAGGGUCUCAAGGCCCUCUACGAUUGGCGCAAGGGCGAUGUCCUCGGCCUCUUCACCCCAAACACUAUCGACACCCCCGUGCUGAUGUGGGGAACCCUCUGGGCAGGCGGCAUUGUAUCCCCCGCCAACCCCGCCUACACGGUCGACGAGCUGGCCUUCCAGCUGAAGAACUCUGGUGCCAAGGUCAUCGCCACGCAAACCUCCGUGCUGGAUGUUGCCGUCAAGGCUGCGAAGAAGGUCGGAAUUCCAGAGGACCACAUUAUCCUGCUCGGCGAUCAGCGGGAUCCCAAUGCUCGCUUCAAGCAUUUCACAUCUGUCCGCAACAUCUCGGGGGCUACACGGUAUCGCAAGCAGAAGAUUACACCGGAAUCGGAUUUGGCUUUCCUGGUUUACUCUUCAGGAACUACUGGUGUUCCUAAGGGUGUGAUGCUGUCUCAUAGGAAUAUUAUUGCCAACAUUAUGCAGCAGUAUAUCGGCGAGGGUGGAAAUCUGACCUGGAAUGGGGGUCCGGAUGGCAAGGGUGACCGGGUUUUGGCAUUCUUGCCUUUCUACCAUAUCUACGGAUUGACCUGUUUGAUCACCCAAGCACUCUACAAGGGCUACCAUCUUGUUGUUAUGUCCAAGUUCGAGAUUGAGAAGUGGUGUGCACACGUGCAGAACUAUCGCAUUACCUUCAGCUACAUUGUGCCCCCGGUCGUGCUCCUACUGGGAAAGCAUCCCGUAGUUGACAAAUACGAUCUGUCCAGUCUUCGCAUGAUGAACUCCGGCGCAGCACCCCUCACACAAGAGCUGGUGGAAAAUGUCUACUCCCGUAUCAAGGUUGGAAUCAAGCAAGGAUACGGUCUCAGUGAGACCAGCCCCACCACACACUCUCAGCGGUGGGAGGAUUGGCGCGACUAUAUCGGCUCUGUUGGUCGUUUGAUGCCAAAUAUGGAGGCUCGGUACAUGACCAUGUCUGAAGAUGGCUCCGAGUCCAAGGAAGUAAAGGCUGGUGAGGUCGGCGAGCUCUACUUGCGCGGCCCUAACGUCUUCUUGGGCUACCACAACAACCCGGAAGCUACUAGGGAGUGUUUGUCGGAAGAUGGCUGGUUCCGUACCGGCGAUGUGGGAUACCAAGAUGCCAAGGGCAAUUUCUUCAUCACGGAUCGUGUCAAGGAACUCAUCAAAUACAAGGGAUUCCAAGUACCACCCGCUGAACUUGAGGGAAUUCUGGUGGACAACGAGGCCAUUGAUGAUGUGGCUGUCAUUGGUAUCGAGAGCGAGGCUCACGGCUCUGAGGUGCCUUUGGCGUGUGUUGUUCGCAGCGCCAAGAGCAAGUCUUCUGGUUCCAACGAGGAGCAGGAAGCUGCUAAGAUCGUGCAGUGGUUGGAUAGCAAGGUUGCCCACCACAAGCGUCUGCGCGGUGGUGUGCGCUUCGUCGAUGAGAUCCCCAAGAACCCUAGUGGGAAGAUCUUGCGCCGCGUGCUGAAGCAGAAGUUCAAGAACGACCUUCAAGGCCCAAAGGCAAAGCUAUAA